GAACACAAUAUCAGCACAGGAGUGCUGAGAACAAGCGGCUUAAUGCUUAGAAAUGAAUAGUGGGAGAGCGGCUGCGGCGGCGGCGCGCAGGGGCUACAGUGGGAGUCUUGCAGCGGAGACCAUGGCUGGAGGCAAAGCUGGGAAAGAUGGUCGGAAGGCCAAGGCUAAGGCGGUGUCGCGCUCCCAGAGAGCUGGACUGCAGUUUCCUGUGGGCCGCAUCCACAGACACUUGAAGACUCGCACCACCAGCCAUGGACGAGUGGGUGCCACUGCUGCUGUGUACAGUGCUGCAAUUAUGGAGUACCUCACAGCUGAGGUGCUGGGGUUGGCAGGUAAUGCUUCCAAGGAUCUCAAAGUAAAGCGCAUCACUCCAUGUCACUUGCAGCUUGCAAUCCGAGGUGAUGAAGAGUUGGAUUCACUUAUCAAGGCUACCAUAGCCGGGGGCGGUGUGAUCCCGCACAUCCACAAAUCCCUGAUUGGGAAGAAGGGACAGCAGAAAAUUGCUUAGGAAGUUUCAUUGAACCAACCUGCUCUCCCUCACUGUCUGUGACUGGGACACCUGUGGAA